AUGCCAGGUCUCAACCCCUCCCUUCACCUCCAAUCCCUCGGCUGGGCGGGUCCCGGCCACCCACUGAACCCCAACGCCUACAAGCAGAAAGGCCACCGAGGCCUCGCAUACGACCCCUCCUCCGCGACCUCCAAAUCCGCACACUCGUCGUACUUCGCUGCUGGCGGCAACGGCCUCAUCAAGCCGCUCCUCGUGUCCAAGAAGGAGGGGAAUCUGGGGCUGGGCCGCCGAGCGCACGAGCCGGCCAAGGGAAAUGAAUGGUGGCUCAAGGGUUUCGAGGCCGCGCUGGCGGGGACGAGUACGUCGACGUCACGCGAGGGGUCUGGGACGAGUACGCCGCGGGAGGGCAAUGCGGAGGAUCUACAGCGGCGGGUGAACGUCGCAGGAGGGCGGUUUGGUGGGCUCUAUGGGUUCUUCGUGCGGGGAGAGACUGUGGGCGGGACGAUUCCCGACGGCGAGCAAGAGGGUUCGGACAGGAAGGGAAAGAAGAGGAAGAGCGACGUGCUGGACGAUGCGCAGCGGCAAAAUGGUACUACAGCUGAACAGCUGGAGGACGACGAUGUCGCAACCAAGAAGCGCAAAAGGUCAAAGAACAACGACGGCGACGCGCAAGCUGAAUUCUCCCAGAUCGCCGCCUUCAUGAGCGUGCGCGACAAGGACGCCAAGAAGAAAGAGCAGCGCCGCAAGCUGCGUGAGAGCGAGCAGUUCCGCGUCGCGGGCGAGUGGUUGGGGCUGAAGGACAGUAAGCGGGUCCAAAACGGCGAACACAACCCGAAGAAGAAUCAGAAGGCGACUGGGUUCUCCGCGCCCGCCGAGGAGAUUGAGGAAGAGGAGGGCGAGGACUCCAAUGCAGCCGGAUCCGCAGACGCGCUCAAAAACACUUGCAAGAAACGCAAGAGCGAGCGGCGGAAACGGAGGAUCCUUAUCGGAGAGGACGGGCAGGAGAGGGAGGAGACGAGGGAGGAGCGCCGCGCGCGGAGAGAGCUUCGGAGGCAGCGAAGGGGAGUGCGCGAGGAGGGAAACAAAGAAAGAGAGAAGGAGGGCCGCCGCUCGAAGAAUGUUGCUGCUGGUGCUGUGGCGGCGACACUAUCGGCUUCAACUUCAAUAUCUGGUGCCAAUAAUGGGGGGAAAUCGACGUGGACGUCUAGUGAGACGGACACGCCGGAGGUGGUGGCGAAGCAGCAACAACAACGGAGAGAGAGGAGCGGAGGACGAAGAAAAAAAGAGCGGAUAGAAUAG